AUGGAACGACUGCAGAAGCAACCACUUACCUCCCCUGGGAGCGUCAGCUCCUCCCGAGACUCCAGUGUUCCCGGCUCUCCCUCCAGCAUCGUGGCCAAGAUGGACAAUCAAGUGCUGGGCUAUAAGGACUUGGCUGCCAUCCCCAAGGACAAGGCCAUCCUGGACAUCGAGAGGCCUGACCUCAUGAUCUAUGAGCCCCAUUUUACCUAUUCUCUGCUGGAACAUGUGGAGCUGCCCAGAAGCCGGGAGCGCUCGCUGUCACCCAAAUCCACAUCCCCCCCACCAUCCCCAGAGGUGUGGGCAGAGAGCCGGUCUCCUGGAACCAUCUCUCAGGCUCCAGCCCCCAGAACUGCUGGGACCCCCCGGACCAGCCUGCCCCAUUUCCACCAUCCUGAGACCACUCGCCCAGAUUACAAUAUCUACAAGAAGCCCCCCAUCUACAAGCAGAGAGAGUCCACUGGAGGCAGCCCUCAGAGCAAGCACCCCAUUGAGGACCUCAUCAUCGAGUCCUCCAAGUUCCCCGCAGCCCAGCCUCCCGACCCCAACCAGCCAGCCAAGAUCGAAACGGACUACUGGCCGUGCCCCCCAUCACUGGCUGUUGUGGAGACAGAAUGGAGGAAGCGGAAGGCGUCGAGGAGAGGGGCCGAGGAGGAGGAGGAGGAGGAAGAUGACGACUCCGGGGAGGAGAUGAAGGCUCUCAGGGAGCGGCAGAGAGAGGAACUCAGUAAGGUUACUUCCAACUUAGGAAAGAUGAUCUUGAAAGAAGAGAUGGAAAAGUCAUUGCCUAUUCGGAGGAAAACCCGCUCUCUGCCUGACCGGACACCCUUCCAUACUUCCUUGCACGCAGGAACGUCUAAAUCUUCUUCCCUCCCCGCCUAUGGCAGGACCACCCUGAGCCGGCUCCAGUCUACAGACUUCAGCCCAUCUGGGAGUGAGGCUGAAAGCCCAGGCCUGCAGAAUGGAGAGGGCCAGAGGGGGAGGAUGGACCGGGGGAACUCCCUGCCCUGUGUGCUGGAGCAGAAGAUCUAUCCUUAUGAAAUGCUGGUGGUGACCAAUAGGGGGCGAACCAAGUUGCCUCCAGGUGUGGAUCGGAUGAGGCUGGAGAGGCACCUGUCAGCAGAAGACUUCUCUAGGGUCUUCUCCAUGUCUCCUGAAGAGUUUGGCAAGCUGGCUCUGUGGAAGCGGAACGAGCUCAAGAAAAAGGCCUCUCUCUUCUGA